AUGAAACGCGCCGGCUAUCGUAACCUUUGCAAGCUGUUUUCUGCGGCUGCAACGAAAAAAGGCUCGCUGACGUCCCAAUCGGUUAGGGCAGUAUCCAUCUCCAAGCCCUUCCACAACUACUACAAUAUGGGUCGCCAAAAGUACAGUCUGGAUGAUAAGCACGGCAGUCGGGCCGAAAACGCCGAUAAAUUUGCCGAACGGGUCGAGCACUUCUACACGUUCAAGGACAAGGGAUCGGAUGUUUUUGAAUCUUCUAAUCUCUCGACAGUCCGCGGGGCUGCUGUGCACGCUGCUUACGGUGGCCUCAUUUUUUCGCAGGCGCUCUGUGCCGCCGAGAAGACCGUCGGCGAGCAGUUCAAGCCACACGCGACGCACUCGUUUUUUAUUCUAAACGUGGACACCCGAAUUCCGGUGGAGUACCGCGUACGCCGACUCCGUGACGGUCGAUCCUUCUGCACGCGUACCGUGGAGGCGGUGCAGAACGGAAAAGUGGCCUACUGUCUGCAAGUGUCUUUCCAUGUGAACGAGCCCGAAUCAGUCAUUCAUGAAGCCAAAAUGCCGCAAGUUGCCGCCCCCGAAGACUGUCCGACGAAUCGUGAUUUUGCCAUUUUUACUCUUGAUCAGGUGAAAGCCGGAGAGGUUACUGUAACCGAGAUGCAGCGGCAGCGGCUUGAGUUCCAGGCAACUUACGAUCCGGAUGGGGAUCUUUUUGAUAUCCGUUGCGUCGACCCUGGUGCGUAUCUUGGCAUUGCGGAAUCGUCAACUUCCCCUGGCACCAUCUGUUUUUGGAUGAAAACUCAGUAUCCCGUCCCGUCAGAAGCUAGCGAACGGAUGCAUCGGUAUUUGUUGGCGUUCACUUCGGACUCGGUGCAGGCGACGUCUUCAUAUUUGCCACAUUUGGUAAAUGACUUCCAAGUCUCGAUGCUCUUCUCCCUGGACCAUUGUGUCUGGUUCCAUCAGCCCAUCGUCAAAACCGACGAAUGGAUGCUUUUUGAGAGCUCUUCCAGCAAAGCGAAGGGUUCCCGCGGAUUCACGACCGGCCGUCUCUGGAGCGCCGACGGCCAGCUGAUCAUGUCGGUGUGCCAGGAGACGCUCAUUCGGAGCAACGGCAGCGUGUCCAAGCUU